AUGGCGCCGCCAGACGCUGCCGAGUAUGAAUCGCAAAGACAGGUGAUUGAGGAGCUCAAGGCGGAGCUGGGCACCCUCAGAUACACAAUCUCUACAUUCGAGCAAGAGAAGGAAAUGGCCGAAGCACGGCACAAAGUCGAGCUCGAGGAGGAACGCCGCCGAGCCCAACUCGAUUUCACUGCCAAGCAGACUGCCGAGAGCGAGAAGUCGCAAGCACAGCGCCAGUUUGAAAAUGUCCAGAAGGAACUCAGUGAUUUGCGAGAGGGCGCGUCGGAAGAGAAGUCCAGCUUAGAAAAGCGCGCGCGAAGUGCAGAAGACGAGGCGCGAUUGCUACAGGAACAGUUAGAAGACCUUUCAAGCGCGAAAGACGAGGCCGCGAGGAUUAACGAGAAGAAAACGAUCGACUUAGAGAUGCAGCUGCAGGCUGCACAAAAGUCAGUCCAAGAAUUGGAGCAGGAAUCACAAGCUCGCGAGACUGCCCUCCAACAAGUCCAGUCCCAGCUUGUCGACAAGGACAACGCGAUUGGGGACCUUGAAGCGGAGGUACUCAGGCUGAAGGCCCAGACUGGCGAUGCUGAUACUAUGGCUAUCAUCAAGCGGGAGUUGUCCGAACAAGUAACACAUAUUCGCAACCUCGAAGCAACCAACCGCGAGCAGCUAUCUGAGCUGAAGCACCUGCGCCAGAUUCACAGGGCCGUCGAGGUCGUUGAGGAGGAGAAGCGAUCCCUUCAACGUAAGCUCGAGGCUGCCCAGUCUCUCGAGACAGAACUGUCCGAAGCCCGCAUGCAACGUCAACGUCUUGAGGAUGAGCGCAUGGCAUGGACUGCGUACCUAGCUAGCACUGGCACUGAGGCCGAGUUUGAAUCCCCCGAGGAUGUUGCUCGCGCUCUGAUCCAAGAAAGACUCACGUCAGCCUCCCACGUCGAGAGGAUAGGAGCCCUUCAAGCCGAGCUGGCGGCGCAGGAGUCUGCACUCAACUCCCUUCAACAAGAGCACGCCACCCUCAAGUCACAACUCGCAGAGGCAAAGACUGCGGCCACCACCCAAAACGUUGACAAGGCCCGUCUGCGCACCGAGCGCCAGCGUGUCCUUGCUGUGAAGGAGGUUGAAUAUCUUCGCGCUCAGCUUAAGACCUUUGACGCGGAGGACGAGGCCUUCCAGCCGGAGUCUGUCGAUGAAACCAAGUCCCGCCGCAUUCAAGAGCUUGAGGACCUGGUCGACAAGUACCGCUCGGAAGUGCAAGCGUUGCACACCGAGAUGUCUUCGAUCGAGUCAGGCAAGCCUGCACCAACAGUUGCUGGCACGAAACGCCCACGCGACGAGAACGACGAGGCCGCACACGAACAAGUCGGCCUUCUCACUCGCAAGAACCGCAAGCUCCAAGAUCAGCUGUCUUCAGUCCAGACGCAACACAGCGUCACUCAGAAGGAGCUGUCUGUCGUGCAGGAACAGCUCAAGACCCUCAAGGCCAGGUCCAAGACGCGCAUCCUCUCUCUCCGCUCCAACCCCACCUCGGACUUUGAAGCCAUCAAGAUGUCCACCCUCACCGCCCUCAAGCAAGAAAACGCAGACCUUCUCGCCCAGCUGCGUUCAGAUCCAUCUGUCCGCCUCAUUCCCAUCACCCAGCUGGACGCCGCAAAACGUCUGGUCGAAGAGGCGCGCGCCGAGACGGCAUCCGCACAAAAGUCCGCCAAGCGUCUCAAGGAGGUCUGGUCCAAGAAGUCGCUCGAGUUCAAAGAGGCCAUCUUCUCGACCCUCGGUUGGACCGUCAUGUUCAUGCCCAACGGCAAGAUGCGUGUCGAGUCCACCUUCUACCCGUCUCAGACAGACGAGUACGAAAACUCCAUCGUUUUCGACGGCGAGAAGGGAACGAUGAAGGUCGGCGGCGGGCCAAAGAGCGCCUUUGCCCGUCGCAUCGGCGACCAGAUCGGUUUCUGGGUGCGCGAGAAGGGGUGUAUCCCCGGCUUCUUGGCCGCGCUCACGUUGGAGUUUUACGAAGAGCAUUCAAGAAACCAGAAUUCGGGCGAGUAA